AUGCUAAAGACGGUCGUACAAAGGAUACCUGUGAGAGCCUACACAACUGCAGGGAAGCAGUUUGUGAUCCGACCAAGGUCUCAAACUAAUAAGUGGGUAAAAUUUGCGACUUUUGGAGCAAGUUUUGGUUUAGGCUGGUUUCUAACUCAGCAUAUGACCUUUGCAGACAUAGUGGCUACAUGGAGGUACGAUAAGGUUCCAGAGAAUGACGAAGGAUUAGAAAAGUAUAAAGCGCAACUAAGUGGCAGAUUGGAGAGAAUGUCCGUUGUGAAACAGUUAAAACAGUGUGGGUAUUCUGAAGUAUUUCCACCACAUUACAAUCAGAAUACAUUGAUUAAUAAGUCAUUGAGUGUACCCGGAGGAAUUACAAUCCCCCCUAAGUUUUAUUAUAAUCCAAAAUCAAAGGAAACAGUAGGAAUAUAUCAUUUGGGAAUGAAAUUGACGGGUUACCCCUUCUUAGUACAUGGUGGAAUUCUUGCCACUGUGAUGGAAGAUUUGAUGCGAGAAUCUGUAAAGUUUGCUAAAAAUGCUACUGCAGAGAAAACUAAGGAUAUUUCAUUAUCUUACAAGUUCCCAACUUUGGCAAACCAAUUCGUAGUUGUUCGAAUUACAAAUGUUGAAGAGUCUGGCAAGAACGUUGAAUUGCAAGCAGAAAUAAUGGACCAAGGCGGCAAUCGUACUCUAGUUAAGGGACGCGGUAGUUUCUCUAUAAACAGUAAAUAG